ACUCUCGGGUGGAAUGAGCGGUUCUCGCCGGUUAACCGAGCAGCGGCGGCGGCGGCACUGGCACUGAGGCAGAGGCUGCUUGAGGACUGAAUGUCGCACUGACUUCUUAGGGGACUCGCAGCCCAGACGGGGAAGAGGACAGAGAGGCUGUUAGGAUGGCUUCAAACUUCAACGAUAUAGUGAAGCAGGGCUACGUGAGGAUUCGGAGUAAGAAACUGGGGAUCUUCAGAAGAUGCUGGCUUGUAUUCAAGAAGGCGUCCAGUAAAGGACCACGGCGAUUAGAGAAAUAUCCAGAUGAAAAAGCCGCUUACUUCAGAAGCUUUCACAAGAUAACUGAGCUCCACAACAUUAAGAACAUUACUCGAAUGCCACGAGAGACCAAGAAACACGCAGUGGCAAUUAUUUUCUGCGAUGAGACGUCAAAGACAUUUGCCUGUGAGUCAG